AACAGUUUCCCCUGCAAACUUCCAUCUUCGUUUAAUACUGUGCAAAAGCACGUUCCAGUUUCUAGAAGCAUCCUCGAAGGAAAUGUAAUGGCGUCAACGUCCCUUAUUAAGCCACCAUAUCUAAUUUCAUGACUUACAUUGCCAUCUGAAUUUCCUACAUUGCCAACUAAGCGUCCUGCACUAUCGACAAGGUAUUCCAUCGCGAGUAGAUAAUCCUGCCUUAUCAACCAAGCGUUCUACACUAUCGACCUCUACCGAUAAUGUACUCCAUCGCGAGUAGACAAUAGAGUACAACGACAACUUCGCGUUCUUGUUUUCUUCGCACGAAAAAAUUCACACACGCAUUUAAACGAUGCAAUUUCAAGAGGAUAGAGACCAAUUCCAACAAGCGCCAUAAUUUAUGGAAAAACACAAGAGCAAAGAUCCUAAAGUUCAUCAAAAAUUACGUUUGAAAGCAUGAAAUUCGUUGACUGCUACGAUGUAAAAGCGAAUAGAGCGGAAGCUGGAGAAGAAAGUAUGAAAAACAGACGGAGGCUAGACCAGGGUCGUCAAUCAUGAAAAAUCGCGUGUCGAACGCCUCACAGCAGUUCGUUGAGCUCUUCUCGCGAGUGGUCUGCUGGCUAUGGGAAACUCUCGACAAGUUAUUGGACAUCUUUCUCGAUUUCCUGGCGAGGCUAAUCGAGCUGACACUAGCGGUGAUGAACCUGAUUUUCCAGGUGAUCUGCUUCCUACGAGAUAUCUGCAUCGACUCGAUGCAAACCUUCGCUAACAUCUUCCGUGGUAUCGUUAACGUCAUUGCUAACAUCACCUGCGACGAAGUCGAGGAUUUCGCCUCUGCUUGCAUCGUCGUCCUCCUCUGGAUUGGGGCCUUCAGGAUCGCCAGGAAUCUGUUCAACCGAAGUUCUAGAGUCAACGUGUUCCGUCUCUUCGGUCAGCAACACGCGGCGAAUAUAAACAAUAACAAUAAGCUAGCAGCUGCGCAACUCGGAUGUGUUUGUCCCACGAGGAAAAGGACAGGGAGAAGGAAUAACCGGCGAAAUGGGAGACGACCUCAGGCCAAACUCGCGGAUGAAGAAUUGAGCGGCUAAAAUGAAAUAGAAGGCGACAAUAUUCGGCAGAAGACAUCUAGAAAACGAAAAUCGAAGGAAGACAGCAUAUCUUAUAAAUAUUAUACCUUAUACUUUAUUCUAUUACACAUUCUUUUUAUAAAAAAAAUUGGUAAAAUACUCUGACGAAAAUAACGCCAAAAUUUUACGUUCGCCUAUUUACAGAAAUAUUCAUUCGUUGUAACAAUGUGUAAACUCGUAUAUCAAAUACAAUUACACCUUUCAACUUGCGUUCUAUUAUGUACAAUUAAAUAUAAAAUGUUAACAGGCAUCAAUCUGUAAAAGAGAGGCGUGGAAAUCUUUGCUAUCCAAAAUAGAGAAUAUAUUUUUUAGGUAAAUCGAAAUAUGUUAAAUAUAAUCGGCCUCCUCUUUUACACGUUGAUAUGCGAAGUCUUAUAGUUCUGUCGUUUGCGCAACAAUCGUGUUUCAGCAUUCCAGUUAUAAAUAAGUUCUUUGAAACCCACUGUUUAAUAAGAUAAUACUUUGUUCAUGUUAAUUUGUAUCCUAACUCGC